AUGUCAGAUGAAUUAGUACCACCUCAAAUUGUCGAUGAACAAUUAUUAGUUGCCAACAAUCAUGUUAGAAUCGUAAAGGAUCUCUUUGCUGGUACUAUUGGUGGUAUAGCUCAGGUUUUAGUUGGUCAACCUUUUGAUACUACUAAAGUACGUUUACAAACUUCUAUGAAGAAUACUACUCAAAUGGAAGUGAUCAAGGAUUUAUUGAAAAAUGAAGGUUUGCUUGGGUUCUAUAAAGGUACUUUGAUUCCAUUAGUAGGUGUUGGUGCUUGUGUAUCUGUUCAAUUUGGUGUUAACGAAUAUAUGAAAAGAUUUUUCAAUAGCAGAAAUAACAAUGGUUCCAAGACUUUAACAUUACCUCAAUAUUAUAUCUGUGGGUUUACUGGUGGUGUAGUAAAUUCGUUUUUAGCUUCACCUAUAGAACAUGUUAGAAUUAGAUUGCAAACUCAAACUGCAUCAAGUGCAAAUGCAGAAUUUAAAGGUCCAAUUGAUUGUAUCAAAAAAUUAGUUUCCCAAGGUCAAUUGAUGCGUGGGUUACCUAUUAUGAUGUUAAGAGCAGGCCAUGGUGUAGGGAUAUAUUUUUUAGUAUACGAGUCAUUAAUUGCUAAUCAAGUCAACAAGGGAACUCCAAGAACUGAAAUACCUCCAUGGAAAUUAUGUUUAUUCGGUGCAGCCGCUGGUACAACAUUGUGGAUGCUGGUAUAUCCAAUUGAUGUGAUUAAAUCGGUAGUUCAAUCUGAUAAUUUGAAAAAACCAAAAUUCAGCACAUCAUUAUUUAAAGUUGGUUCCGAUUUAUAUAAAAGAGGUGGAUUACCAGUAUUCUUUAAAGGUUUUGGUGUAACGAUGAUGAGGGCGACACCAGCAAAUGCUGCAACUUUUACAGCAUUCGAACUGGCAAUGAGAGUAAUGAACUGA